GCGUCCUUGACGAGUCCGCCCCGCCCCGCCUGCUGAAGCGUCGCGAUUGGGCGCCGCUUCGCGAGCCGAGAUGGCGGCCGCCGCUGCUAGCCGAGCGCUCGGAGCCGCGCUGCCGCUGCGAGAGGUGCGCAUCCACCUGUGCCAGCGUUCGCCGGGCAGCCAGGGCGUGAGGGACUUCAUCCGGCAGCGGUACGUGGAGCUGAAGAAGGCGCACCCCGGCCUGCCCAUCCUCAUCCGCGAGUGCUCGGAGGUGCAGCCCAGGCUCUGGGCUCGCUACGCUUUCGGUCAAGAGAAGCAUGUGUCUCUGAACAACCUGAGUGCUGAUGAGGUAACCAGAGCCCUGGAGAAUGUGCUGAGUGGCAAACCCUGAAGUGUCCGCUGAGGAUUGUAAGCAGGAGCAGCAGAACCUGGGCUCUACUGGACUGAACACAUGUGGGGAAAUGUGCUCUUCCGGUCCUUAUAAAGCUUACUUCUGUACAGCGUU